UGCCAGAGUUGGUGACUGAUUAAAAAAUCAGCAGGUCACAAAACCCCCUAAUGUGAUGGUGGCCAUAGAGCUUAGUAUGUGCUUACUCUGCUGGUCACGUCUUUGUCGCAGUGACCGGGAGCGGAGAGAGCGGGAACAAGCCCUGGGUGACUUCCGCUCCGGGAAAUGUCCUGUCCUGGUGGCCACUUCCGUCGCCACACGGGGUCUGGACAUUGAGCACGUCCAGCACGUGGUCAACUUUGACCUCCCGACUAACAUCGACGAGUACGUGCACCGCAUUGGCCGGACGGGCCGCUGUGGGAACACGGGCAGAGCGGUGUCAUUCUUCGACCCCGAGUGCGACACCCCACUGGCUCGCUCCCUGGUGAAGGUCCUCUCCAGGGCCCAGCAGGAAGUACCGUCUUGGCUGGAAGACAUAGCAUUCAGCGCACAUGGGACAACUGGCUUUAAUCCACGUGGGAAGGCCUUCGCUUCUGUCGAUACACGCAAAGGAGGUUCGUUUCAGAAGGAGGAGAAGCUGCAGCCCAUCACCCAGAGCCCAGCAGCCACUGCCAAUGACGACGACGAAGUAUGGGAUUGAGUCCCCUUCGCUUUGUGGGACUGAGCUUUUGCAGUUGUGCCCUUAUUUUCAUUCCUGUCUUUAAAAUAUGCAGGACAGCAUAUUUUUCAGAAAUGUAACUUAUGUGCACAGUUGCUGGACAAUAUUGACCUUGACUCAGUGCACUUGGGUAUCUCUGGCCAUUUGCCAAAGUUUGGUUUCAAACUGAC